CCUCAGGUGCAGUCCACCUCCAUGAUUCUGCUCACCAAUCACCAAAACGAACCGUUUCGAUUCCCCAUAUGGACCGCGUUUCCUCUCUCGGUUCUGAUCUUCGAGACCUUCUCGUUCGAUUAAUCAGAUCAUCACAACAUCACCGUCUCCGAAACCUUAAUCUCUCCUUCGAAUUCCUUGCAAUAUCAAUACAUUCCCAAUUUUGAUUCCGCCAAUCUCAUUUUCUCUUGUAAUUUACAAAAUUCAUAUAUCGGACCCCAAAUGCUACUGACAAGAAUACUCCUCCCGAGUUAGUUGCCGAGGUGCGUUCUUUGGUAACUCCUCCGUUUAGCAUUUUAAGUUUUUUUGGUGCAGCAGUUAUAGUUUGAAGUUAUUGAUUGUUUUUCUAUUUAGGUUAGUUUGAUUAUUUUGUAUUAUGGGAUUAAUCAUUCACUUGAAUACCCGUUUGGACUUUGAAGCUAUUACUCUUUCUGUAAAAUCCCAAAAUGUUGUAGGACAAAUCAAUUAGGGGGUAAGUUGGUAUCAGAGCUUUAGGUUCAAGUCUCCUAGAGCAAGUAUCCAAAGGUCUCGCAAUUCCAGAACUGGUCGAUAAUGUUCACUAGGAGAGAACAUGGUGGAGGCCGAGCAGCAGCUGCUAGGGGCCGAGGGAGACUCCAGUCUCCAUUGCCUGAGUUUCCGGCUCCUAGGGAGGUUAUCCCCCCUCCUCUAGCACUCGAGGUACAGUUGGAUCAGGAGGUGCCACCGGCCCCAGCCCCGGCCCCAGCCACGGCCCCAGUAAUCAUGCCGCCAAUGGAUGCUCUCAUGAGAGGGAUCGCAGAUGCUUUUGCUCAGGCCAUUGGUCAGAUUGUGCCCCAUCUAGUAAGAGCACAGGAAAGACCUGCAGGACAGGCUGUGCAGGCACCAGCCGUAGAGCAGGAGGUGAGACCCGCUAACAGGGAAUUAAUGGAGUUUAGAGAGUUGCGUAAGUCCAGGCCACCAGUAUUCCGUGGCGAGUUGGAUCCGCUAGUAGCCGAGGAAUGGCUAUGUCAAAUGGUGAGAAGACUGGAUACCCUGGGUAUCGAUAUGGAUCGUCGAGUCGAAUUGGCUUCCUUUUACCUGGAGGGGCCAGCUUUUUUUUGGUAGGAGAGUGAGCGGCAACUUAAUGGAUAUGGUAUGACCUGGGCUGAGUUUGAGGAAGUGUUCUCGGACAAGUAUGUGCCACUGACAUUUCGGGAGACUAUGGCACAAGAGUUUCUGGAGUUAUGCCAGGGCAGUAUGACCGUGGCCGAAUAUGAGGCCAAAUUCGAAGAGCUGUCACGAUUUGGGAGAAUGUACAUCCCCGAUGAUGCAGCCAGAGCAGCCAAGUUCAGGAUGGGGUUGCAUCCAUCUGUGUCGGAGAAGUUCGCCACUACCAUGACCACUUCUUAUAGAGAGGUGGUUGAAUCUGCGUGUAUGGCUGAGAAAAGCAACCAGGAUUUGGAGAAGUACUAUGAGAAUACUAGGCAACAGUUCUCUGGCACAGGAGGAGGCAAGAGGCAGAAGACAGAACAGAUUUUUGAGCAGACGUCAGAUCAGAGGAAAAACCGGGGGUAUGACCAGCGGAACAGGGGACAUCAUGGACAGGGUGGUAGACAGCAGGGUCCCGAAGUCCUGGACAGCGGUGGGGAGAUAGAUCUCCCAGACAGCAGGAAGGGGUAUGUUACAACUGCGGAGAUCAAGGACACUUUUCCUAUGAGUGCACUGUUCCCAAUCGUGGUGCAUGCUACCGGUGUGGGCAGAUGGGUCACCAGCCAAGGGUUUGUCCUGCAGCAAGAGGGACAUAAGGUCCAUCUAUCACCGCAGCAACAGCAACAGCUGAGAGCCAGAGGAUGUCUGCAGACAGUACCUGCACCAUCAGCUCAGCAGCAGCAGGGCGCUCGAGACAGAGUCCAUGCUUUGGGACAUGAGACAGUCCUUGCUGAUUUAAACUACAUUGGAGGUGAUCGAGGAUAUUUGUUUGACGCUGUAGACUGGUAAUGUUUUGUAUCACUGCUCGAGGUAGGGAUUUUGAUAUUUUUUGGCCUCAAGUGCUCUAUUUUCCUUUUUGGCAUAAUCUUCUGGAUUUUAUGUCCCAUAUCUUUGUUGCUUGUAAAUUACUUAUUCAUUUACAUUAAGAAUUAUUUGUUCUCCGUCAUUAUCAUGGUUAUCUGAGUUACAUCGGUCCUAUUAUCACUUUCUUUGUCGAUUUACCACGACAUGUAGUGUAGGCGUGCGAUUGACUUUGGGACGGGGUUAAUAAUGUUUUUGGUAAUAAUCCUAUUACAUUAAAUUUUGCACAAAAAUAUUCUAUUUAAUAAAAUAUUUUUGGCAAGGCGAGUACUGGAGAUGGAGUUUAGGAUUAUUGGAUUUUAUUUUCAUAAAUAAAAAUUCUCAUGCGUCAUAUAUGGUUGUUGCGUAUGGGUCAUGCCUGGUGAAGUGGUGAUAUUGAAAAGGGGGUAUGUACAUAUGCAUACUCUAUGGGUCCUUGGACCGUGUAUUGAUUAUUAUUGGUAUUCAGAUCGUGUAUUGGUCUUUGGAUUGUGUGUUGAUCUUCGGACCUUGCAUUAGUUAAGACCGUGUAUUGAUUAUUAUUGGUCUUCAGAUCAUGUGUUGGUAUUCAGAUCUUGUAUUGGUCUUUACACCGUUUAUUGCUCUUCGGACCUUGUGUAGGUAUUCGGACCAUGUAUUGGUCUUUGGACUGUGUAUUGGUCUUCGAUUGUGGUUUGAUUAUUAUUGGAUUCUCGGAUAGUUUGUUGGUUAUUGUUGGAUCAUAGGAUCCGUGGUGAAUAUUAGUGAACCAGUUAUAGAAUGUUGUUGUUGCUGUAUUUUAUUGUCCGUUGUUCUCUUGAUUAUAUGAUUUAUAGAUUUCCAAGCUCUCGUUGGGUGGUUUAUCCCUACUGAGCUCUUCAGCUAAUUAUCUUUGUUUGUUUUCUU